CGUCACAAGGUCUUCGUCUCUGCUUAUUCUCUUUCGAUAAUAGUGACAUACGAACCAUCAAAAGCAGCCGAAACUUGUGUUAUCUAUUUUUGAGGUAUACGAGAAAUAUUUUCCUCCAUGUAACGUAAAUAAUAAAAAAAAAAUCAAAUAUUGUUUAAAAGUAACUGCUUAAUCGUGUCACAUAGUUCCUUUACAAGAACCGUUAUUGACAUCAUUGAAAUAUGAUUUGCGUCGCUCAAGGCAAAUAAUUGGACAACUUCCUGUUUCUCUGUGUAUGUAAAAAUAUACGCUAUUAGAUAAACAGAGUUUCGGACAUAGUUUAAAACUAUGGGAACCAAAGGGAAUAUUAAAUGCUGUGCAGCCGUGUUUCAUUUUCUGAUAUUUAUCGCUGGUGUAUCCAGUUUGUCUAUGGGAAUAUACAUCAUAGCCUCCGACUAUGGAGCACACCAGUUGUCUGCUGUCCUAGGUGACGAACUGUACCAUGUAGCUGCCUACAUAGCUAUAGCCGGAGGAACCGCCAUCGCCAUUAUUUCACUGUGUGGUGUCUGUGGAUCUCUGAAAGAGAAGAAAUGUGUCUUGGUCAUUUACACAGUUCUCAUGGCGAUAAUUCUCGUAAUAUUACUAGUCACAGCAAUCCUCUUAUUCGUUUUCGUUGGACAGAUGUCUGGUAAAAUUCAGAAAUCUAUGAAGAUUGCUUUAGUUAACAAAUAUGGUGUGAAUUUGGAUCAUUCUGAAAACAGAAUGGUAACAGAAGUAUGGGAUCUGAUGCAGAAGAACUUGGAGUGUUGUGGAGUACACGGAGGAGUCAAUUCGACAGAUUCGUGGGCGAUAUACAAAAUUAAAUCUCAAUGGUACAAGCAGGGAAACAACAGGAAAGCUUAUGUUCCUGACAGUUGCUGUCGUCAUGACGGAGAUAUAAUAACUUGCACUGGUUUAAACGGUACAGAAGGCACCCCAAUAGAUGGACCUCCAAUAAGUGGAAAUGUUAAUCCUCAUCUUUAUCAUAAGGGUUGUUAUGACGAGCUUGUAAACUAUGUCCAGGGACAUGUAUUAAUGAUUGGAGGAAUUGCUGUAGCAUCUAUUGUUGUCAUUUUAUUUGGACUGAUUUUCAGCAUGUCUCUGUAUAGAUCCAUACGAGAAGUGGAUUCUUACUGAAGUUUGUCUUCAGUACAAUAUUGAUAAACGGAACAUGAUCACCUGAAUGGUCGACACUAUUGAUAACAUCUUGAGAGUCUGUCUUGAUUCGUUGAUGAUUACUUAUUUAUUUUUCGCAUUUAUAGAGUAAUGUGCGGAAAUACUUUUUAAAAUGAAAAAAAAACAACUUGUUCACAUCCUUGGCUUAUAGACUUUAUAUCAAGCUGGUACUUGAUCAUUGUAUUGUAUUCAUUUUGUAAAGACUAUAUCGUUGAGCUUAGCACUGUUUCAGGUAUUUCUGAAAAAUUGUUCAUUAUAUGUAAUUUUAAUUUAUUUUAUUCUAUUUAUUUGUAUAAGUUAUUGUUUUUAAAUAAAUGUUAUACUAUCGAA